CUUCACUGCAAACAGAAAAAACACCCAGAAAUUCUCCCUAUACCAAGAAACUAAACUAACUCAAGAAAACAUUCAUUCAUCAAUGGCUUCCUUCCUCAUUUUCUCUCUCCUCCUCCUCACCUUCUCCACCACCACCACUCUCUCUCUCCUCUCACCAUCACCAUCAUCAUCACCAUCUUCCAACUCUCUAUUCUCUCUCCUCCCACAACCACCACCAACUCACCCUCAAGACUCACCUCAACAACUCCAAUUCAACUCCAUCAUCGACUCCAUUGUCGGCGCAGGCGAUUUCAGCAACUGGGCUAAUCUCCUAUCUCAAACUGACCCUUCAACUUUUCCUAUCGCUGCCACUUUCUUCAUCCCCGACGACGAAGCUUUUCUCGCCGGAAACUCUCCUCCAUCGCCGGAAUCUCCCGUCAACUUCAUCGACCCUCUUCUAUUCCCUUACCACAUUAUUCCACGUCGAUUCUCUUUUUCCGAACUCCGACAAUUCCCAAGUGGGGCCCGUCUUCCUACUCUUCUCCCCGGAAAAACCCUCUUAAUCACUAACAAUUCCGCCGGAAAUUUCUCCAUUAAUGGCGCAUUUCUCUCUCACCCUGACCUCUUUCUAAGCGCCAUCGUUUCGGUUCAUGGGAUUGCGAGUGUUCUUCAAUAUAAUCUUUUCGGAUCGGAUAAUUCUUCCUCGCCGGAAAAUUCGCCGGAGAUUUCACCGUUGCCGGAGUUUUCAUUAUCGCCGGAGAUUGAGUUUACGGAGUUGGAGAGAGGGCCGGUUUCUGAGUACGUGAAGAGUGAUGGGAAUUUUGUGAGUAAAAGAUUUUUUAGAAUGAUGCUUUUGUUGUUGCUUGUUGAUAUAGUUCAAGAUUGUAUCGUUAUUCUGUUUGUUGAUUCGAUAAUUCGGAAUGUUUUUAAGUUGAUGUAGA